UAAUUUAUUUCCAAUAAGCCGCACUGUCGUAAGCCGUGUGCUGUCUGUUAGAUUUUUCAACAAAAUAUAGUUCUAUCACUUAAUAUUUUUAAUAGUUCUUGUUUUUAUGUAACACAAUAAAUUUGUAUAGCCUAGAAAUCUUAAGAAAUAAUCGAUUGUAAAUUUCUGUUGUUUUAUAUUACAAUUUAUCACUAAUAUUGUGCACAAAAUCAGUUUUAAUGUCAGAACUACAGUCUGCGCUAUUAUUAAAAAAACAACUGACUGAACUACACAAGAACCCAGUUGAAGGGUUUUCAGCUGGUCUUAUAGAUGACAAUGAUAUAUAUAAAUGGGAAGUUCUUAUCAUUGGACCUCCAGAUACUUUGUAUGAAGGAGGAUUUUUUAAAGCUCAUUUAAAUUUUCCAAAAGAAUAUCCAUUAAGGCCACCUAAAAUGAAAUUUGUGACUGAAAUAUGGCAUCCUAAUAUUGAUAAAAGUGGUGAUGUUUGCAUAUCUAUACUUCAUGAACCUGGUGAUGAUAAAUGGGGGUAUGAAAAAGCAAGCGAACGUUGGUUGCCUGUACAUACAGUAGAAACAAUAUUAAUAUCAGUAAUAUCAAUGCUAGCUGAUCCUAAUGAUGAAAGUCCUGCAAAUGUAGACGCUGCAAAAGAUUGGCGUGAAAAUUAUCCAGAAUUCAAACGCAAAGUAGCACGUUGUGUGCGUAAAAGUCAAGAAGAUAUCUAAUAAUUAUGUCGCCAGUUGCUCUAUGCACUAUGUUACCAACAUUUAUAUCAAUUAUUGAUGCCAGGGUAACAAUAUUUAGAGCAACCACAACAUUUUUUACAAUGUGAUUUAUUAAUGUAAGUUUUUCCAAUGCCUAAUUAAACGUUUCUACAACUGUCAGAUA